AUGGGCAAUUUUGACAAGGAAGCAAUCCAAGGUCAAGAUGAUGGAAAAGCCAUGGUUGGGAAUGUGAGCGCCGGUUCAGAUGUAGAUGAAGCUCCCCUCAUCAACUACAGGACGCUCAGCUGGUGGCAUGGAGGUAUUAUUCUCAUCGCGGAAACGGUAUCGCUGGGUAUCCUCUCUCUCCCAUCCGUCAUCGCCACCCUGGGACUUGCGCCUGGUAUCGUCUUGAUUCUGGUAAUGAGUGCUGUAUCAACAUACUCUUGCGUCGUCUUGGGAGAAUUUCGCAAAAACUAUCCCCACGCGGAAAACUUUGGCGAUGCUGCCGAAAUAAUUACAAGAUCGACUGGAAUAGGGCCCUUCUUCCGCGAGCUCUUCGGGUGGGCCCAAGUCGUCUUGCAGGUUUUCGUGGCUGGUAGCCACCUUCUCACGUGGACCAUAUGCCUGAACACUCUAACCAACAGCUCUACUUGUACUAUUAUUUGGGCAGUUGUUGGCCUCGGUGUUUUUUGGCUUCUCAAUACCCCGAGGACACUGAAGUAUACAAGCUGGAUGUCGUAUGUUUCUUGCAUUUCCAUCAUUGUCGCUACUCUCAUGACUGUCGGCGACGUUGCGCACGCACGCACUGUCACAUCUGGGAGUUUUGACGUUUCCAGGAGUCUUCCCUUCCCGACUGCUUUCUUGGCCGUCGCAAACAUCGCAGUGUCCUUCUCUAGUCAUUCCUGCUUCUUUGGCGUCAUCAGCGAAUUCAAAAAUGAAAACGAUUGGCCCAAGGCCCUCGCUCUUCUGCAAAUCACCGACACAACCCUGUACCUGAUUGCGGCCAUUGUCAUAUACAUCUUUGUAGGACGCGACGUACCGUCUCCAGCUCUCUCCGCUGCUCAGUCCGAAACUAUGCGCAAGGCCAUCUGGGGCGUCGCUAUCCCGACAAUUGUCAUUGCCGGUGUUAUCUAUGGCCACGUUGCGUCCAAAUAUAUCUUUGAUCGUAUCUACCGAGGCAAGAAGGGCGCGGUGAGACGCACCACUAGCUCCACGCUGGCAUGGUUUGGCAUCACCUUUGGUGUCUGGCUGAUUGCCAUGAUCAUUGCAGAGUCCAUUCCCGUUUUCAACAGUCUUCUGGGCGUCAUCUGUGCUCUUUUCGUCAGCUGGUUUUCUUAUGGACUUCCGGGAAUCUUCUGGCUUUGGAUGCACUACGGAAAUUGGUUCAACAAGGGUCCUAAGCAAAUGGCGCGGUUUGCGGGAAACGCUGUGCUGCUACUGUUAGGUGUGCUCCUCUUUGGAUUGGGAUUGUGGUCGUCGAUUGAUGCUCUCGUGAAAGAGAAGACAGGGUCGCCAUGGACCUGUGCUAGCAACGUGGCAUGA